AGAAACUGUUCCUUAUUUUUAUUAUUUUUAUUUUUAUUUUUAUUUUUUUCACUUUACUCUUUCGACAUCAUGAUUCACAAGAAUCAACAGAACAAUCAUCGCCCUAACAAGACAUCUCUUACAAUUGUAGUCAAGGUCGGAACAACCUCAAUUUGCGAUGAAGAGACCCAUUUCCCUCUGUUGUCCAAUCUCUCUCUGUUGGUUGAGUCAGUCCUGAAACUGAAACAGAAUGGUCAUCGUGUGGUGAUUGUGACAAGUGCAGCAGUUGGAACUGGCCUAAGACGACUUAAUAUGGCCGAGAAGCCUUCUAAACUGGCGGCUAGACAAGCUGUUGCUGCGGUUGGUCAGGGUAGACUUAUGGCUUUGUAUGAUGAUUUGUUUGGUCAAUUCCAUCAACCGGUUGCCCAACUUUUGUUAACAAAAAAUGAUCUGGCUGAUCGCUCUCAAUAUCUGAAUGCUGUGAGCUGCCUGGAAGAGCUAUUGGAUAUGAGUGUGGUUCCAAUUGUGAAUGAGAACGAUACUAUUUCUACCCAGGGUAUUCGAUUUGGUGACAACGACACCCUUUCUGCCAUUACUGCUGGCAUGAUCAAGGCAGAUUAUCUCUUUUUGCUCACAGACGUCGAUUGUCUUUACACCGAUAAUCCUCGCACAAAUCCAGAUGCCAAACCUGUAGACAUUUGUGACGAUAUCAGUGCACUUCGCUCCAAAGUGUCUAUCAGCACAAGUGGAUCAUCUUUGGGUACAGGUGGUAUGGAAACAAAACUGGUUGCAGCAGAUCUGGCCACUGCGGCAGGUGUCACUACUAUCAUUACUCAUGGUGCCAAACCGUUCAACAUGCUCAAGAUUAUCCAAGGUGAUGCCAUAACUGACAACGCUGACCAAAAAAAACAUGACAUUCCGUUAAACACCCGCUUUGUGGCCAAGAACAACCCUCUGCUGGACCAUAAGUGGUGGAUUCUGCACGGUCUGCACACAGCUGGUGUUAUCGUGGUCGACGACGGUGCAGCCAGGGCAGUGACUUCCACUCUUCGGUCCAGUCUGUUCGCAGCCGGAAUUGUAGAAGUCAAGGGAAGCUUUGUAGCCCAACAGGCAGUCCAGAUCGUGGUCAGAAAGACAAUCAACGGCAAACUAACAGACAUGGUGAUCGGCAAAGGAUUGGUCAACUACACUAGCAUUGAGAUCUCGAGAAUCAAGCGUUGCAAGAGUCAUGAGAUUGCUGAUGUCCUUGGCUAUGUCGAUGCUGAAUGUGUCAUUAACCGAGACAAUCUUGUCAGAGUAGUCAAUGAUGCUUAAAAAAAACCCCCCCAAAAAUGAGAAGAAAAAAGAGAAGCAAAGCAAAGAAAAAAAAACCAAAUAUAUAGGAAAUCGAAACCCUUUUUCUAUUGUUCUUUUUUUUUUGCUUUAAAGUUAUUCUCAUUAAAAUACCCUUUAUAAAUUUUGUAAAGAC